ACCCGUGUGGCCGUGUCCGAGCUACCCACGCCCCCAACGCCAAGAACGUCGACGGGCACGACGGCAUGGCGGCGGCGGACCCGGACACCGAAGUGCAGGCGGAGUUCCCACCCCUCGUCCGCCAGUACAAAAGCGGCCGCGUCGAGCGGUUCUUCAACCUGGCCCCGCUCCCGGCCGGCACCGACCCGGCCACGGGCGUCGUGUCCAAGGACGUCGUCGUCGACCCGGCCACCGGCCUCUGGGCGCGCCUCUUCCUCCCCGCCGGCAGCCACGGGAAGAAGCUCCCCGUCGUCGUCUACUACCAUGGCGGCGCCUACGUGAUCGGCUCGGCGGCCGACCCGAUGACGCACGGCUACCUCAACGCGCUCGUCGCCAAGGCCGGCGUCCUCGCGGUCGCGCUCGAGUACCGCCUCGCGCCGGAGCACCCGCUCCCGGCCGCCUACGAGGACUCAUGGGAGGGACUCAAGUGGGUGGCCACCCACGCCUCCGCCUCCGCCGCCGCGGGAGGAGGACCGGCCGCCGAGCCGUGGCUAACCGAGCACGGCGACUUCUCCCGCGUGUUCCUGGCCGGGGCCAGCGCGGGGGCCACCAUCGCUCACUUCGUAGCAGUCCGUGCCGGUGAGCAGCACAAGAGCGGCGGCCUCGGGAUGCGGAUCAGGGGGCUGCUGAUAGUGCACCCCUACUUCAGCGGCGCGGCGGACAUCGGCGACGAGGGGACGACGGGGAAGGCGCGCAAGGCGCGGGCCGACGCGUUCUGGCGGUUCCUGUGCCCUGGCACCCCCGGGCUCGACGACCCUCUCUCCAACCCGUUCUCGGAGGCCGCCGGCGGGAGCGCGGCGCGCGUCGCCGCCGAGCGCGUGCUCGUCUGCGUCGCCGAGAAGGACGACCUCAGGGACAGGGGCGUCUGGUACUACGAGAGCCUCAAGGCCAGCGGCUACCCUGGCGAGGUGGAGCUGCUCGAGUCCAUGGGCGAGGGCCACGUCUUCUACUGCAUGAACCCGCGCUGCGACAGGGCGCGGGAGAUGGAGGAGCGCGUCCUCGGCUUCCUGCGCAAGUGAGCGAGCGACGGAGCGCGCGCCUUGCUACGCGAUUGAGAUGGAAUAAUUUCACCGUUUCCAGAUGUGGAGGCGUUUGAGCAUGAGGCCAUGAGGGUCUUAUUUGUUUGCUUAAGAUCAAUUGAUUGAAGUUUCG